AAUCAAACAGAUUAACCAACUCGGAGAUUACAUCAUACUAGUAACUUCAAUCAAACAGAUUAACCAACUCGGAGCAUUGCGAUACUUCCCCACAAUUUUUUUCUUUCAUUGAGUGAAGUUUGUGGAAUUUAAAUGCAUAGCCAAGUUUAAACAAAUGAGAUAAAAGAGAGGCACAAAGCAUUUUGUUGGGGGUAGAAGAUUUGCAAACAGGAAUUGGAAAUGGCGAGGAAUUUAGGGAUUUUAGCACGACAGUUUCUUUGGAAUCGCAGGAAACCAGGUGCAGAUCUUCUUCAUCAUCGUCUCAAGGGUCCUUUUAAUUGUGUCCAAUCCCAAUCCCAAUCCCAAUCCCGAACUACCCAAACCCUAACUGGUUCAACCCCAACCGCACCAUCUUCAACAAACACAAAGAAAGUAAUUUCCUUUAACUUCCCAGACUUGCGUCCUAAUUAUCGUCUUCUGGAGAAAACACGCCCCGACAAAGCCACCGGGCCCUCAAACACUAUCCUUAAGGCACCCGUGGACUUGAUGGACAAACUUUGUUCUGUUCGCAAUGAACAUAAGUCAGCAAUUUUCUACAUCACUUCAUCCAGCUGCGAGGCUUCCCAUAAACUUCUAUCUCCAGUCAUUUUAGAGCUGAGUGGGCGAUUCCUACACGUAAGAGUAUAUAAGCUGAUCCUUCCUGAGUAUGAUGUUGGAGACAAAGUGGGUCCCUUCAAUCUCAUCAAUUUGCCAAAUAUUACUUUCUUUCAAUACGGGGAUAAGGCUGCUGAGAUUUUUGGCGUUGAUAUCACUGGCUUGAAACAGACAUUUGAAAAACUCUUCAGCUUAGAUGAUGACGAUUUGGAAGAGUCCAACAUAACUGAAACCACUCAACCUUCAAAGUGUUGAUUUGGAAUGUGGGGGAAAAAGGGCUGCUAAACAACUUAAAACACCAGCUCGGAUGCGGAGGGAGCCACAGCCCUUCUGAGGCCUCUCCAAACGUAAAGCUCAGCAAUGAAAUUGCUUAGAAUUAAUAUAUUAUGGAUGUUGUUAAGUUAAAAGUGUUUUAAAUAAUGGUUUAAACUUCUGUUGUUUGGAGAAUAUAUUUAAAUUGUUCUGUUUUCUUUCUGUUUCUGAAAAUAUAUUCCAGCGGGCUGUAUUUAUUUAGACAGACUUUGAAGAAUUUAUAGGGUUCUGAAUUUGAUUUGA